AUGGAGUCGCUGAGUCGAGCUGGGCAAGAAAUGAGCCUAGCGGCCCUGAAGCAACACGACCCCUACAUCACCAGCAUUGCAGACCUCACGGGCCAGGUCGCACUGUACACCUUCUGCCCCAAGGCCAACCAGUGGGAGAAGACCGAUAUAGAAGGGACCUUAUUUGUAUAUCGAAGGUCAGCUUCACCUUACCAUGGUUUCACCAUUGUGAAUCGACUAAAUAUGCACAAUCUAGUUGAACCAGUGAAUAAAGAUUUGGAAUUUCAACUCCAUGAACCAUUUCUUCUGUAUAGAAAUGCAAGUUUGUCAAUAUACAGUAUCUGGUUUUAUGACAAGAAUGACUGUCACCGCAUAGCCAAACUCAUGGCCGACGUGGUAGAAGAAGAGACACGGCGGUCCCAGCAAGCAGCUCGGGAUAAGCAGAGUCCCAGCCAGGCCAAUGGCUGCAGUGACCACAGGCCCAUCGACAUCCUGGAGAUGCUAAGCAGAGCCAAGGAUGAAUAUGAGAGGAAUCAGAUGGGCGACUCAAAUAUCUCCAGCCCUGGGCUGCAGCCAAGUACUCAGAUCUCUAAUCUGGGAAGCACUGAGACGCUGGAAGAGACACCAUCUGGGUUGCAAGAUAAGUCUGCUCCAUCUGGACACAAACAUCUGACAGUGGAAGAAUUAUUUGGAACCUCUUUGUCAAAGGAACAGCCAACAGUUGUGGGUCUGGAUUCAGAAGAAGUGGAGAAGCUGCCAGGAGAUGCCUCCCAGAAAGAGCCCAACUCAUUCCUACCAUUUUCCUUUGAGCCUGGAGGGGCCGCUCAGUCAGAAAAUCUGGCUGUCCAUGCUGCUGUCCAGCCCGAAGUCACCACCCCGGUGCUAAUAACUCCUGCUUCCAUCACUCAAGCCACUGAAAAGCAGGCCCCCAGCUACGCCAUCCCAUUGCACUCUGUGCUCAGUCCAGGUCUACCAGCAGAAGCCUCUACUGGACAGGCUCCCCCAAGCCUACCCCGAAACACCACCAUGAUGCAAACAGUGAAGACCACACCUAGGCAGAGGUCUCCACUCCUGAGUCAGCCUGUCCCUGAGCUGAGCCACGCCAGCCUGACUGCCAGCCAGAGCCCUUUCAGAGCCCCGCUGAGUGUGACAAACACAACCAGUCCAUCUCUCCCAAGCGUUGAUCUUCUCCAGAAACUCAGGUUGACCCCGCAGCAUGACCAAAUACAGACACAGUCACUUGGGAAAGGUGCGGCGGCACCCAGCUUUUCUCCAGCAGCCGGCCAGCUGGCCACCCCUGAGAGCUUCAUUGAGCCUUCCCCUAAAGGGACAGCAGCGAGAGCCUCAGCCUCCCUGAGCAACGUGGUGCUUGCUCCCCUUCAGUCUAUGCAGCAAAACCAGGAUCCUGAAGUUUUUGCCCAGCCUAAGGUGUUAUCCAGUGCCAUCCCGGUGGCAGGCCCCCCUCUGGUUCCUGCAACAACCUCUGCAGCGUCCUCAGUCCUGCUGUCCCCCAGUGUUUUCCAACAGACAGUUACAAGGUCCUCAGACCUUGAGAGGAAAGCCAGCUCCCCUUCUCCUCUCACUGUUGGGACGACAGAAAAUCAGAGAAAGCCUUCCAUUAUCCUCAGCAAGUCUCAGCUCCAGGAUACAUUAAUACAUCUAAUCAAGAAUGAUUCCAGCUUCCUCAGCACACUUCAUGAAGUCUACUUACAGGUUCUGACCAAGAACAGAGACAACCACAACCUAUGA